UUUGUUUUCUUUCUUCAUUUUCUCAUCAAACCUUAACCAUCUUUCAUAUAUAGUUUCUUUUCUCUUCUCUUGCUUAGCUAUGAGUUAUGAAGUCUUAGCUUAAAUUAAAUCAUAAGUUAUAACUUUCAUAGUUUUUGACUUCUUGUUUUAGUUAUUAGUCUUCAAAUUCACAUAUAUGUUUUGUUACAUAAGAUAAAAAGUAUUAACAGAGAAUUGAGCAUCAAGGGUUUUCUUUGUUUUUUCUUUUGGUUCUUCAUUUAGUUUCAUUAAACUAAAUUAAAAUUUUUUAUAAAAGAAAAACAAAAUAUAGUGCAUGUUUUUGACAUAUGCAUACAAAACUAUAUCAAGAUUAUUUUUCUUUUAUUUUUUUCCACUCAUUUUUACUUAUAUAUAUUCUUUAUGAUGUUCAGUUUACUUGAUUGAUCCAUUCCAUGCACGUAGCAAAUUAAAGAAUGGAAAUGAAACAUUUCAACAUAGCAUUUAUGUUUGUUGAUCUUUGUUCAAACAAAUCCAUGAAUAUAAGGCAUACAUAUUCCUGUUUUUCUGCUGUUUAUAAGGUCUUGUGUUCUAAAUAUUUACAUGGUGAUGAUGUAAAAGGAAGCAUGGAUAAAAGUCCUACUUAUUCAUGUUCUUGUAACAGAAUAAAAUACCUAUAAGCAGGACAGAAUGAUGCAAGGAAGUGGAGAAUUGACAGUUCCUCCAGGGUUCAGGUUCCACCCUACUGAUGAGGAGCUUCUUUACUAUUAUCUAAGGAAGAAAGUUUCUUAUGAAGCCAUUGAUCUUGAUGUUAUUAGAGAAGUUGAUCUCAAUAGACUUGAGCCUUGGGAUCUCAAAGAUAAGUGUAGGAUUGGAUCAGGGCCACAAAAUGAAUGGUAUUUCUUCAGCCACAAGGACAAGAAAUACCCAACAGGAACAAGAACAAAUAGAGCAACAACAGCUGGGUUUUGGAAAGCAACAGGAAGGGACAAAGCCAUAUAUCACACCAAUUCCAAAAGGAUUGGAAUGAGGAAAACUUUAGUCUUUUACACUGGACGUGCUCCUCAUGGCCAUAAAACUGAUUGGAUCAUGCAUGAGUACCGUCUUGAUGAUGAUGAUACUGCUGAAGUUCAGGAAGAUGGAUGGGUGGUAUGUAGGGUAUUCAAAAAGAAAAACACAACCAGAGGCUACCAACAAGAAAUUGAAGAAGAAGAUCACAUAAUUAACCACAUGAGAUCAACAAAUAAUCAAAACCAUUUUCUUGAGCCAAAACAUCAACAUCAUCACCACAUGCAACAAUUAGGACUAUAUGAUUACAACAAUAACACCACCUUUGAUGGUACAAUUCAUCUACCACAAUUAUUCAGUCCAGAAUCAUCAGCACUAGCACCGCCACCACCACCGCCACCAACUUCCUUUCAUAAUUCAUCAAUGGAUAUUCUUGAAUGUUCUCAAAACUUGUUGAGACUCACAACAACUACUCCUAAUCUCAUGCAACAACAUCAAGGAGAAAGGUUGAAUAUCAAUGGUGGUGAUUGGUCAUUCUUGGAUAAACUACUUGCAUCUCAUAAUGGAAUGGAUCAUAAUCUAAGAAACAAAUUAUGUAACACUUCUAAUAAUCAUCAAGCUGCAGCUGCUUCUGUUGGAUCAACUUCUGCUCAGAAAUUUCCAUUUCAUUACCUUGGUUGUGAGCCUCAUGAUAUUAUGAAAUUUUCAAAGUAAUUAAUUAAGGUUAUGAUGAUGGCCUUAAUUAUUAUUAAUAUGUGUUAUACAUAAGUGAAGAGGAGAGAAAUUUGGUUUCUAGUAUAAGUUUUUUUCUUCUGUUAGAUAAUACUAUUUGAAAUUCCACGU